GAGGCUACCUUGAAUCACGGAAUCAAAGCUUAAUGCUGGUGUGUAAGAUGCACCAUUGAACUGCAAACAUAUGUCUGCACAAAGCCUGCAUUGCUGGUGGUUUUUGAGGAUGGAGUCAUCAUGGUUUGCCUGUAUGCCAUUGUACAUGCAGAAAGUUUGUAAAAAUCAAUAGUAUGGUAGAGUAGGGCUAAUAACACUAAGUUUUGCAGUCACUGCUGCGCUGUAUGGUGGGAGAGAUAAUUACAAGUGACAGAACAAACUGAUGAUAUAAAGCUUUCUUUGGCAUAAUGAGUUUUCAUAGAAAGUAUUAGUAUAAUAGCAGUGGAGAAAAACACAUUUUAGCAGAAGUCACCAAUGUAAUUUUAUUAUUACUCAGAGAGGUUUGGAUUCAAUAAUAUGCUGGCCAUAUUUCUUGCCUGUUGAGGAGGAUUUUUUAUGUGGAAAGUUCUUUCAUAGACUAAAACUGAUAAGUUAACUCCCAUGAAGAGAAGGAAAUGACUUCGGAAGUCUGUGUAUUUGUAAGUAGAGCUGACAGUGAGGAGAGAAAAGGAGACAAAUGAUAACUUGGAAUAUAUCAAAUCUCACUUGGGCUGUUGUUUGUGAUAAAUUAUGAUGAAGAUCAAGAUACACUUCUUGGGACACACCUGAGAUGCCCACCAGUACAAGUUCUACAAAGGUGGAGUCUCUUGAUAUGAAGAGAACAAGAGCUAAAGGAUUACUGAUGGAGGCUGUACCCUCAGAGCAACCCAGCUGUCCAACUCCAGGCUGUGAUGGGAAGGGACAUAUUAAAGGAAAAUAUGCACGGCAUAGGAGUUCCACAGCAUGUCCAAUGGCUGCAAAGAAACGCAAGCUUGACUCGCCUGUAUCAUCUGAAACUGCUUGCAAAAGAACCAGAGGGGAAGAAGAUAAGGGUGUUGAUAAAGACAGUCAGCCAGAGGAGGAUGUAGAACAAUCAAACCUUGAAGAGGGUAGCAAGGAAGAUGACAAAUCUAGGAAAACCAGAUCAUCAAAGAAAAAGCCUGUUACUCCUAAAAGAAUGCCCCAGCUGCAGAAAUCCCCCAAGAGCAAAGGUGAGCAACUUAAACAGGACAACUUGGUCCUCAGUGGGAAAAGACUAGACUUCAGCGAUUCUGAGGACUCACAAGUUAACGGAGACACAACAGACGGUUUGACACAUCUUUUGAAUGGAGAGAAGCCCAGGGUGGAUGAAUCUCCUAAACACUCUCCAGCUGAUACUUUUAAUGAAAAUGAAGACUCAAUGGAUACUGAGGAUGAAGAACAGAAAGUGUUCAGAGAAACUGAGAGGGCUCUAAGACAGUUAUCUGGAGAAUGGGAUGAGCCUCCAAAUUUAUUUGCUUCUUUUGGUGAGGUUUUUGUAGCUGAAGAAAAAAGUGAAUCAAAAAAGGAUAAUACUGAAAAAGAGAAUCAAAAAGGUAAUAUUGGACCCAAAUAUCAGGAAAUUAAGAAGGAAUUAGCAGAUGAUGAUGAUGUGGAAAAAAUUGAUUUGCCAACUUUGAUUGCUGAGGAGGAAGCCCAGAAGAAGAUGGAAGCACCUCCAGUCAAAGCAAGGGAUGCUGAGGAGAAGAGGAAAAAUGAAAUUUCUCAUCCUCCAGAUUUGUUGACUCAGGCUAGUGUAGCAUCAGAUGAUGCAGAAAUUCUGUGGAAGAUUGAACAGGAGUGUGCAACUCUCCAGUCACUUGCUGAGAGAAGUGAUGACACUCCAUUUCCUUCAGCUCAAGAGCCUGAAGACAGUCAAGUGAUGGCCACGGAGGAAAAUGGCAAUCAGCUUGAACUGCCUCCACCAAAACUUGUUGCUGAAGUCCAGCACCAGAGUGCUGUGAGUUUAACACUGAAAGAGGAACCAAUAGAUGAGGAUGCCAGCCACCCAGUUACAGCACCUGAUAUAGUACCAGCAGUGCACCCCACUGGGUCCCCCAUACCCAACAUACAUUAUCUUAACAACAGGACCCUGGCAGAGAAACACAUAGAUGAGCAGCAGCAGCAACAACAACAACAAAAACAACAGCUGGAUACAGACACAGAUAAAGAAGAACCAAAGAAUAAGCUAAGUGACAGCAUUGUCUCUACUGAGGAUGCGGAAUUUACUGUGUUGACAGACUGGACAGAAAAGAUGGAUGAAGAUGACAUGUCAGAUCAAGAGGCUGAUGAGAAUGCAAAUCAUAGUUAUAAUAUUGACGACAAAGUGAAGAUGUUACCUCCUCCCCCUGAGGAUGCCAACUCCUCUGACUUGGACAAGAAAGAUAGCAAGUGUCCCACACCAGGUUGUGAUGGCACUGGACAUUUCACAGGCCUGUAUUCCCAUCACAGAAGCUUGUCUGGAUGUCCAAGAAAGGAAAAGAUUCCCCCAGAAAUUUUAGCUGCACAUGAUAGUAUUUUGAGGUGCCCUACUCCUGGCUGUAAUGGACGUGGUCAUGUAAACAGCAACAGAACUUCACACAGAAGUGUAUCUGGUUGUCCUCUUGCUGCCAUGGGAAAGCUUGUUGCAGCAACUGCCAAUAAGAAUAAAGGCCUACAUCUUGUCCUUCUCCCCAAGCAUGACGAUCCCAAGAAGGCCGUCCUUGUCGCAUGCACAGAUGAGGAGCUCGUGCGUGUCACAGCCUCGCACUGUGCAUCUGACCGCGUGUUGCGCCCCAUGAUCAUGACCAAGCAGCUAGACUUGCCACCAGAGGGCAGCAUUAGCUAUCCAGGUUAUGUUUCUUCAGCCACUCCACGGGCCAACCUUUCUAAAGAACUGGAAAAAUAUGCCAACCCGAUCAUGGACUUCCAGACCUACCAGGCAAAGGUAUCAUGUAAGCCCAUAGCUCCAAAACCCAAAGAAAACAGCUCAGACAGGCCAAACAUUCUCAGUAAGCGACCUGGAUAUAAACCACAGUAUCGAUAUGAUACUCCAGCUAUCCCCUCUGCACACCAGGGUGCAGCACCUCUCAAUCUCUCCAAAAGAACCCUGAGCAUAAGCAGUAAUAGUAGCAAUGAUACAUUGGAUCUUAGUGUGAAGAAGGCAAGUCUCGAAGAAAAGGAAAAGCAGUUAUCUCCCACAACACCUUGCGCAACAGUAUCCCAAGAGGAGCCUAUGGACUUUUCCAUAAAAUGUAAAACAGAUGAAGAUGCUUGUUCAAGAUCUCAGAGCCCUGAAAUUCAAGAAUUGCCUCCUGAAUCUCCUGAAUACCAAGAAUCUGAAAGAGAAGGAAGUCCAUUCCAAAAUGAUGACUUACAGAACAGCAUGUAUCCAUCACCUCGUGGCCGUGAUGGGAGAGAGUUGCUGAUCUGCCCUACGCCAGGGUGUGACGGGUCUGGACACAUAUCUGGAAAUUAUGCUUCACACAGGAGUUUGUCUGGGUGUCCAAUGGCUGAUAGAGCUACAGUGCAGGCAAACCACAUUGAACAGAAAUGUCCUACCCCGGGAUGUGAUGGCACUGGCCAUGUGACAGGAAAUUAUGCAUCCCAUCGCAGCUUAUCUGGGUGUCCUCGUGCUCAUAAAAACAAAGCUCUACGCAAAGAGCUUGAGCCUCCUGAGCCUCUUAGAUGUCCUGUUCCGGGAUGUGAUGGCACAGGUCAUGUGACGGGGAAAUAUUUAUCACAUCGAAGUGCAUCAGGUUGCCCAAUAGCGAACAAGCAGCAGAAGCCUGUCAGGUCCCUGUUGCCUAUUACUGAGCUCAAUGGACAUGAAGUGAAAACAGAAGAAAGAGUACCAUCAACCAUCCUUAAUAGACCCCCAGCUUGUCGCAUAGAUAUGCCUAUAUGUCCAACCCCAGGAUGUGAUGGUUCAGGUCAUUCCAAUGGUACAUUCUCCUCUCACCGCAGUCUGUCUGGCUGUCCUAGAGCCACGCAAGUGAUGAAGAAAGCCAAACUUACAGUGGAAGAGAUGAACACCAUACAGAGCAAGGCAGAGGCUGGGGAAGAUCUGGCAAAUGAUGAAGAGUUAAAAAAGCUUGAGAAAGAGAUACUUGCUAUUGAGAAAUCAAACUCUGUGGUUGAGAAUAAAAUGAUCAAAUUGAGAGCAGAAAUUGCAGGGUUGGACAACAAGCACAAGGAAUAUAUCAAAGACAACAAACAAUUGGAAAAGGAACAACAAGCGCUGGAAAUACGCUUGGAGAAGACCAAGAAAGGACUGAUUGAUUGCUUGAAACAUAUUAGGCUCCCUAAUUUGUCAAAGCCAAUUAGUGAAGAGAAUUUUGAACUCUACCUGACACAGAUUAGGAGUUUAUGUUUAGAGAAUUACACAUCUGAACAAAGGCCACUCUACAAUUCUGUUACGCUUGCCUUAAGGAAUCUCAAAGGAUUGUAGAGGAUUUCAUACAGAUUGUUAUUGUGCUAUUUAUAAGUUGUUAAUGACAUUUCUCUCUUAUAUAUCAUUCAGAAAAAUUAACUUAAUGUUUUGAACAUGUUGAUACAUGUUGUUAACAGUUUAAUGAUUUUAAGAGAUUCAGCUCAGGCAUUUUUUCUCUCUGUCUUUUCUGUAAUGCUUUUUAAAAUUCUGAAGUCCGGGAUGGGAAACAGUGCAAUCUUUUCUUUUUGUAUUCAAACCAUUGCUGUUUCCACCAAAUGAACAAUCCUUACAAUUUUCUUUUAUUGUAAAUUACUAAUUUGGUAUUUCGGUUGUAAUAAUGUAAUAUUAGUUGUUCAAUUGAUGCACAUUAUGUAAACUUGCCUAGUAUUAUGUUUUCAUGUUAGAUUGUAAAUGUUUGUUUCAGGGUCUUUUUAAUGUUUGUAAUGAAUUUGGACUGGUGCACAUAUUGCGAUACUAGAGCACUAACUGCAUUGUUAGAAGUAUAGGAUUAAAUGAUGUAAUUUUCAUCAGGGCUGAAAACUUGAUUAAUUUAUUGUGCAAUUAUUUAUUUGUCAAUUAAGGUCUAAUACAAGAAGAGAUGGACUGUUCAAAGAGAGGAGAAUUUUAAAUAACAGUAGUUAAGAACUCAAACAUAUGUGACAUUAUAAUAUAAUUCUGAUUGAAAUCACUGUUUUUUUUUACCUAGGACUUAUCCAAGCAUUAUUAUAUACAAGGUAGAUAUAACAUACUGAAAGGUGGAUAGAUUUGACGAGAAGAUUUUAAACUGACAUUUUGCAUAAAUUUGUUGCAGGAACAAAUGUCUGUCAUCAUUGAGGCAUAAAUCAUUUGUGGCCUUACCUAGACAAAAAUAUUCAGAUCAUCUGUUGUUAUUAUUCAGUAUGCUUAUUAUAGCAGCACAAAAUAUUAUGAAACCCAGGUAUAUUAUCUUCAAGGAAUUUAUGUGAAAGGAUUGAAGAGGAAGGUGUAUUACUAGGGGGGAAAUAUACCAAAUAUGUUAAAUAUUGAAUGGUUUUUACAUUUAAAUUUUGGGAACAGUUUGUUGGCUUUUAUGAUAAUGGAGCACACAGGCAAUCUUAACAUAAGCAAUCUAAACAUAACCCCAAAUAGGCCUUACAAAGUUGGUUCUAGAUGAAGUUUUUGCCAGGGAGAGGAUUGAUUGCAGCUAGUAGAAUAUAAUUGUAAGUCGGUCUCUGGUUGAUAUUUGCUUCCACUGAUUUCAAAGGUGCUUAAAUCUCAAUUGUAAGUGUUUUAUAUUACAUUUUGCAUAUAUGUUAUGUGAGAGAUGUUUUGAUAAAUAUAUUAAAUAUCUACUUGAUGGGAGACACUACCAUAAUAUAUGGUUUUUGUCAUUAUUGAGAUUUUUUUUUGCUAGAUCCAAGAAAAAUUGUGAAUAUUUAGCAUUGGUUUUUACUUCAACAAUUGGAGAAUUCCUAGAUAUUCUACUUGCUUAUAUUAAAAUAUAAAUAUUUUUCUGCCCCUUUCCGCCUGUAUGUCAGUUUAUAAGUUCUUAAAACUUCAGUCUGGUACUAUAGAAUUCAAAGGACAAGGGAUUUAGACAUUUGUGUAUGUUAGGACAUAUGAUCUUCCCAUCAUGGAAAGUCUUCAUGUAGUUUGUAUCAUUUGCCAUAUUCACAUUCUGUUCAUCACAUGCAUGGUUUGGCUAUUAGGACAGUAGAUUAUAUUGCUUUUUCCAAAUUUAAGCAGAUUUUUUCUGAAAAUUGUUUGUCUGUGGUUAAUCAAGACAAAGGCAUCAUAGUUAUUUUCUGCAAUUUUGGUAUUGUAAUGUUGGUCAGUGACUGUUCCAUGUCUGAAAUAUAAUAAAUGUGA